UUCACACUCAUGUGUCUAUAAAUAAAGUCAUUUCUAUAGCCAAGAUUUGUUUUAAUACAGCACAUGUGAUUGUGACCAUGUCUCUCAAAUGUUUGGUGUUUAUUUAUUUAUUAUGUGAACUUUGUAGUGCAUAUAAAGUGUUAGUGGUCUUUCCAUUGCCUGGAAAAAGCCAUUCUAUAUUGGGAGAAGGAUAUGUGCGGCAUUUGGUUAACGCUGGACAUGAGGUCACUUACCUCACAGCCAUUCCUGCCAAGAUGAAGUCUGAAAAUCUACGGCACAUACUGCUAGAAUCUAAUUUUAAAUACUUUCCUGAAGAUGAAAUUCUGGAUAUUAGCAAAAUGUUAUCUAAAGAAACUGAAAUGACAAGUCUUCGAACAGUAUUGGAAGUGAUGUACACACUAGCGAAUGCUACUGUAAAUCAUCCAAAUGUUCAAAAUCUUAUGAAUAAUUUGGAUGAGAAAUUCGAUCUUGUUAUAGCAGAAUGGAUGUACAAUGAGUUAUAUGCUGGAAUUGCAGCAGUAUUCAAAUGUCCUCUAAUCUGGUCAUCGUCAGUUAAUCCACAUCCUCUUGUGCUAGCCCUGAUCGAUGAAGCACCGAACCCAGCAUACGCAGCAGACUUGGUACAGUCUGAUGCAGUUCCACCUUUCACUUUCUGGGAGCGCUGUCAAGAAUUAUGGACGCAAAUACAUACGCAAUAUAUGCUGUGGCAGCUGCGUGCGGGCGACAAUCAAGUAUACAUAGACGCUUUUACACCACCAUUCCAAAAACGAGGCCAGGCUUUACCCCCGUAUGAAGAAGUCAAAUAUAACGCUUCCUUGAUCCUGGGUAACUCCCAUGUAUCUACUGGAGAAGCUAUUCGGUUACCAAUAAACCAUAUUAACAUAGGAGGUUAUCAUAUCGAUGAAGUUGUGAAGCCAUUGCCGAAGGACUUGCAAGAAAUAAUGGACAAUGCAAAGAACGGAGUUAUCUACUUCAGUAUGGGAUCGAUGCUAAAGAGUCGGUCGAUGCCAAAUGAGUUGAAGAGAAGAAUUUUAGAUAUGUUCAGUCAAUUGAAGCAAACUGUUUUGUGGAAAUUUGAGGAGGACCUACCAAAUUUGCCUAAAAACGUGCACAUACUAAAAUGGGCACCACAACAAAGUAUUUUAGCUCAUCCAAAUUGUAUCCUAUUUAUUACACAUGGAGGUCUAUUAUCAACUACCGAGGCUCUCCAUUUUGGUGUCCCUAUUAUUGGAAUACCAAUGUUCGCAGACCAAGCUUUAAAUGUUAAAAGAGCUCAAUCAAAGGGUUUUGCUAUAAAAGUUACAUUUGAUAACGAUGUACCAGAUAAUUUGAAAGCUGCUAUCACUGAAAUUCUAGGAAAUCCCAAAUACAGAGAACGCGUCACAGAGCUAUCUUUUGUCCACCACCAUCGACCGGUGUCUCCCAGCACGGAACUUUUGCACUGGGUUGACCACGUGGUGAAGACACGCGGGGCGCCGCAUCUACGCUCUCCCGCGCUUAUGAUGCCCUGGUACCAGAAAUAUUAUCUCGACCUGGUUGCUAUCAUCCUAGUAGUUUUAAUUGCAGUAAUUCGGCUUAUUAAAAUGAUUUUAUGUUCAUCUAAUAAUAAGUCAGCUAUUGGUAGCAAAAAAUUCAAUUAGAUAGACAAUUUUUUAGUAUAGGUAGUUAGCUAGUUUUUUUUGGGAAAAUUUGUGUUCAUAAUGUGUGAAUUAAGAAACAAUUUUAUUAAAUCAAUGUGUUUUCAGCAAUUUAUGAGCUCACGAAAUUUGUUGUUAUCUAUUUUUUUAUAAAUAAUAUUAAAAAGUUCCGCUUAGCAAUAACAUAAUUAUGUAGAAUUAAACAAUUGUUACACAAAU